AUGGCUCACUCCAAGGUCGUUGUCAUCGGGUCCGGCCCUGGCGCCCACACAGCCGCCAUCUACCUGUCGCGCGCAGAACUCAAGCCCGUGCUGUAUGAGGGCAUGCUCGCCAACGGCACCGCCGCCGGCGGCCAGCUCACAACCACUACCGACGUGGAGAAUUUCCCGGGAUUCCCCGACGGUGUGGGUGGCCAAGCGUUGAUGGAGAACAUGCGCAAGCAGUCCGAGCGGUUCGGCACAGAGAUCAUCACAGAGACGAUCUCCAAACUGGAUCUGUCGUCGCGGCCGUUCAAGAUGUGGACCGAGUGGAACGAUGGCCCGGAUAGCGCGCCCGCGCGCACCGCCGACGCCGUCAUCAUCGCCACGGGUGCCAAUGCCCGCCGUCUGAACCUGCCCGGCGAGGAAACCUACUGGCAGAACGGCAUCAGUGCCUGCGCAGUCUGCGACGGCGCCGUGCCUAUCUUCCGGAACAAGCCCCUGUACGUGAUUGGCGGCGGCGACUCCGCUGCCGAGGAGGCCAUGUUCCUGGCCAAGUAUGGAAGCCGCGUUACCGUGCUGGUGCGUCGCGACAAGCUGCGUGCUAGCAAGGCUAUGGCCAACCGGCUGCUCGCGCACCCUAAGUGCGAAGUUCGCUUCAACACCGUCGCUACCGAGGUUAUUGGCGAGAACAAGCCUAACGGCCUGAUGACCCACCUCCGCAUCAAGAAUAGUGUCUCCGGCCAGGAAGAGAUCGUUGAUGCCAACGGUCUGUUCUAUGCUGUCGGCCACGAUCCGGCCAAUGCCCUGGUCAAGGGCCAGCUCAAGCUCGACGAGGACGGGUAUAUUAUCACUCAGCCCGGCACCAGCUACACCAGCGUCGAGGGCGUCUUUGCCUGCGGUGACGUGCAAGACAAGCGGUAUCGUCAGGCCAUCACUAGUGCUGGCUCUGGCUGCAUCGCCGCCCUGGAGGCCGAGAAGUUCAUCUCGGAAAGCGACUCUCCAGAUGAACAGAAGCCCAACGGCUCAGUGGAGCACUCGGGCGUCGAGCCCGCCGUGCAGGAAGUUAACGGCGAGGUCAAAAAGGACGCGAAGGGCGCCACCGCCGAGUACAAGUCCAACCCUCUACUGUAA